CCUCAUUCUGGAGUUUGCGUAAGGCCAUGGCGAAGAAAGGAAAUUUCAGCGCUUUCAGCCAAAUUCUUGGUGGUGAUCCGGCUCUGGCACUCAGCGGCACGGGUGUGAUGGCUCCUCUAUCAAUGGUACCAGUACAGCCAUUGCCUGAAGUUGUUGAUAUCAGCACUGCAGAGCAAGUGCCAGUUCCUAUUGCUUCACCAGACAUGCCGACUGAGGAAACCAAGCCACUGAUGGCUCAAAUGGUUGUAACAUCAGAAUUACUCAUAGCUCCAACUACUCAAAACAAUGAUGUCAUUGUAAAUAUGCGUCAAAAUGUAGAGGAGGCAGACUAUGCAGAGGUGCACAAAUGGCAGAAAAUAAGUCCCUCUGAGGAGAACACUAACAUGUCUAUCAUCUCUGGAAUGAUGAAUAAUGAGGUUGAGGAAACACAAGCCUUAAAUGAGCUUAUUAAACAGGUUGGAGCUGAAUUAGAUGAAUUUUAUGCAGACUCAAAGAGUCGGGGUCUAGGCGAAACUGACUUGUGUCCAAUUAAAAUGGAUUUGCAAGACCUGCGGGAUAUUGAUGAUUUCCAGGACAUGUAUGAUGACACUUCUUAUUCAAGCUUACAGUUGGCCAUGAAAAAUCCUGUGGAAUUAAUGGAUAGUUAUGAGCAGGCUCUUUCCACUCUCCCUCCAUCUACCCCUGUUCUUUUACAUACACCGUGUAGUACCCCUUCUAAAAGGGAGUCUCCUGAAAAGGUGCCUCCUUUGCCCCCUAAACGGGCAAAGAGGGCGCCUCAUGAGCUCCUUCCUCCUCCCCUACCUCCUUGCAAGCCCAUUCCUCCUCCUCCUCCUCCAGAAAUAAAAUCGCCCAAAUCUCCCAAAGCAACUUUCUUUUCUAAACUUUUCUCCAAAAAGAGUCCUGAAAAGAAGAAGAAUGUGAAAGUUGUGAACCUUUCUCGGGGAAGCAGUAUGCGCAGUCCUACACGCCCGACAACUGUGGCUAGGAAUAAUAUUGGAGCUAGCAUGGGUAAUUUGUCCCGUUUUCCUGAUGGUGAAGACAGCAUUUUUAUUAGUCUUCGUGGUAGUCUGGAAAGAGAUGCGCCUAUGAUGACUCAGCCUACAAUGACUGUAGCUGAUCAAGAAAACAAUAAUAUCUUGUUAAAUGAUGUAAAUGAUGUUCUAACCGGUCUCACUGAAGCUGAACAUCUUGAUUUGUAUACUGACAUGGCCCCUCGUGCAACUGUAUCCGAAUUUGAUGAAAUGUCAUCUUACUACAGUCCUGUUGAAGGAGGGAGAAUAUUGAUGCCUGAAAGGGCAAAGAUGGCUAUGAACACCCAAGGCGUUUGAACUUGACUGGACAUCGCCUUUGGAUUUAAAUUUGUUAAUUACUUCAUUUUCAGUCAUGUAAAUCUGAAAAGAAGUUUGUCUUGGCUUCUGGGCCAGUACUGUUUGAGAAAGUUUGUGGAUUGAUUGAUUGUGAGGACAGGCUUUUGUACGUGUUAUGUGGGAACUUGGAAUUAUUCCCAUAGUUUGAGAAGUAAUACUGAAGAGUUGGUUAAAUAGAUUGAAAAUGGUUUGCUUGUUGGACUAACAUGUCACUUAACCCACAUGACUAGUUUGUAUCUUGUUCAAUGUAUACCCAAUAUUGAUAAACAUCUCAUGUUGUGUUCAUUUGGAUACAUUUGACACAAACUAUGUGGUCAAGGCUGGGAAGUGAUUAGGUUUGUCUGCCUGAAUGUGAAUGGUUUGAUAAUAUAUAUCAUCUGUUGGAGAUUAUGGGCUGAAAGAGCAGUUUAUCUGCCUUUGCCCUAGAUCAGUGAUAUAGUGUUUUACAUAAUUGUAUUGUUCAAAAAAGACAUGCAUAUUGUUUGUCUUAUACAAUUUGAUAAUUUGUGAGUACCAAGGAGAGAUUGUGUGUCAUAAGAAAAUCAAAUUUAGUGGCUUGUCAUCAAGCCAAAAUGAGAUUGACUUAACUGUAACAUUUGAUUGUUUAUUAUUCCUUGAAGACUUGUUAUACACUAUUAUUUAUUGUUUUUGUAUUUUUCUCUUGUUUUUUGUGUUCUCCAAGGGUACUCAAUUUGUACUCCAUCAUAAAUAGUCAUUUCAAGAGUUUUGAAAGUACCUGUCUCACAGGUCCACUUGUUUCCCCUGAACUAAUCAAUCACAGUUUAGUGGGCUGGUAAUGGCAUUGUUUUCCUCCUGCGUUCUUACCAGGUUUUUGUUGUUAUGUUAAAUUUGAAUUUAAGUGUUUGCACGCACAUUCACAAGCAGGAUGGAUUUGCUUUCAGUAUUUGUUUAUUUUAGGGUUAAUAUUUAAUCAUUAACCUCAGGACCAGAUAAUGAAUCUGACUUAGGUUCUUAAAUAUUGGAGACAAUUUUUGAGGAUUACCUACUUACUUAAUGUUAAUUCUAAGUUCAUGUAAAUUUGUCACUGUGCAGUAGCAAUGCUUCUAAGACUCUAGUCACAAUGCAUUUGUCUUAGACAGAAUCUACUCUUCCUUUCACAUCCUACAUGUACUAGUAGAACCAUUGGAUACCUCAAUCACAUGUUGUGAAACCAAAUUUUAAACAAGUCUGAUAUCCGCCCAGUCCUUGUAUUUGUAUUCACACCUUAGUUACCAUAGCAUGGUAUUUUUUAUACUUGUGAUUGUGAUUGGUAAGAAAUAUUAAGUGCCUAAUCAUUUUGUUGAUUGUUAGCUUAACUUACUGCAUUGGCUGAUCAGUGAAUUUAUGCUAGUUUUUGAGCUGCUACUCGUUACAUUUUCUAGUCAUUUGGAACUUUUUAGUGUCUUUGAUGUGAUCUAACUAACAUUUUUUUUUGUUUGCCUUUGUUAUUUAUUUGCACAAUCUAUUGGUAGUGUGUUAAGACUUUUUUUUCAUAAGAACUGAUUUGUUUUUUGUUUUUUGUUUUUUCA